CCUCCACCCAAACUCGAUUUCAUCCUUCUCCCAGCAAAACUCCAGCCGCCUCUUCCUCAUCCAGCCGGCGACCGGGAAGAUCCAGCCGGAGAACUCGUCCUCCUCUGUGCCGCGAUCGAGAGGACGUCGAAUCCUCUUCCGUACCGCGACCGAAGCUCCUGCCCGCCUCUUCCUCCUCCAGCCGGCGACCGAGAAGUCGGGGCACCCUGCUGCAGAUCUUUACUAAACCUGUUGGUGAUAGCUACCUGCUUUCUCCAUUACUCAACAAUGGGACCUGGUGACAUCCUUCCACAGUGCGAAUACCUUUUUGAGAUUAAUUCGGAAAUCGACUCUCUCUUUAAAGACUUUGAUGCUGCUGGCCUCGCAAAGAAAGAGGCAUUCUUAAACUGGCAAGCCACUCAGGCGCCCGAUGGAGGUGUGCCAAUGCAUCUCCAAUUGGAAUCAUGGACCAUCUUUAAUAGGAAGCACCGAUAUAUGAGGCGGAUCAAGGAUGUUUUGACUUCGCGUCUGGACUUAUUUGACGCCCUCGUCCUGAACUUGUCCAACGCCAUCGCUGAUCUCUGUAUGGAUUUCAACCAAAUACUCGAAUACUUGGCGGCGCAAGAAAAUCUUAACAGCCCUACUCCAUGAUGGCUUUAAUGUCCAACGUUAACUGACUAAUGUGUGGGAGUGGGAGAAGAAGGAAGAAGACCUUUUGAUGUGAGUUUGGUAGCACUAUUAAGUAAUGUUCUGGCCUAAGAUAUGACCUAAGGUAGCUCUGUUGCAAACGUUAUAGUUUUUUAUGUGAGUUUGGUGCACUAUUAAGUAAUGUUUUGACCUAAGGUAGCCCUGCUGCAAAUGUUAUAGUUUUUCCAAGCAAAACUUGGGG